AUGCCCAGAGUCAUAGCCGGGCUUCACACGAUCAAGGCCGAGAAGAUGGAGGAAGCGGACGACGAAACGGCUGCGGAGAGCGGCCGAGUGAAGUACGAAGAUGAAUCGGAGAGCCCCCGUUACGGCGCCCGAGCGGAGGAGAACGAGAGCGAGAAGACCGUGUACAGCAGCGAUCAGCAGGAGCAUCUUCUGCUUCCUCGUGAAGAACUCGCCGGUCUCGCAGGCUUCAGCGCAGAUCUUUGCGAUCUCGCCCCGUCGGCACCCGUGGGCCUCGACGACGAAGACGCCUGGCCCACGGAGGACUCGGUCUACGGGUCGAUGAUGGUCUUCGACGCGUCCGGCUGGACGACGACCACCACCGCCACAGCGUCGGUCGUGGAAUCGGAGGAGAGUGAACGUGAACAAGACGAUCGGGACCAACACGACGGCGCCUACGAUGAAGAUGGGAACUACUACGAGCGACUGCGGUGGCAACGAGAAGAGGCUGAAGGGCGGACCCAGGCAUCCGAGGUGACUAGUGUGCCGACGAUCGUCGUGGAGCAGGUCGGCGGCGAUGAUGGCGACAUGAGCGAAGGCAGACAAGAGGAAGUCCAAGUCACGACGGAUGAGCGGGAGCAGGGCGGCGAGGAGGCGUUCUUCCCCUCGUCGCCGCUGCAGGUCGAUGCUUCUGCCUUCCCCGCCGCCCGGAAGAAGAACGGCAGACGACGCCUCCGCCGCUCCUCGUCCAAGUAG